AUGUUCUUCGUGAAAUCCUUUGGUCGGCAAUACGGCUACAGACUGGAGCUGACUCUACGGAACUAUAUGAAGUUGCAGCUUAAAUUAGCUCGACUGAGAAACCGGAAACUAUUUCUACUCAACUGUCGCAGGACUAAAAUAGUUCCAAACGGCUUCGAUUUUCGUCUAGACUUGGAAAUCGAAAAUGAACAAUCUAUGCAGAAAGCUGAAAAAAUCACCAAAAAAUUCAAACAAAGCUUACUCAGUCUGCUCAUCUCAGACUGCCUCCGCUCCGUAAGUAAAUUGAAAAAAGCAGCAGCAGCACAGUUAAAUCACAUCGCUGAGUGUGUGUCGUGUGAAGAUUUUGAGUAUAUAAAGAAUGCAGUGAAAAGGAAAGAAGAAUCUGUUUUCGGACGAAGCAAGUCAAAACAGACGAGAAAACUGGAGAUUUUAAAAACGAAUAAAAUACAGCAAUUGUGUCACAAGAGCCCCUGGGUUACUAAUCAUACGGACGUUGAGUUACCCGAUUUUCUCAUGCGCACACUGCAGCUAGGUGGUGGGUUUAAUGUGCCAGAUUUAAAGCAUCCACCGUACGUACGUUUGCUAUCUGAAAUCGAAAGUUGCAUUCACUGGGAUCCCCAAGCCGAUACAAUCAGAAAUGAAGUAUCCAAUGCCAUUAUCAAUCACAUCAACUACCUGAAGCAACCUUUUCAUAGUGAUAACGAAUGGAUAAGGAAAGAUGUGAUAAAAAGUAGCAAAUAUCUAGCGGAGAGGAAUGACUUGAUUGUUACGAAAGCGGAUAAAGGCAAAUUGACGGUUGUAAUGAAUAAGGCUGAAUAUGAAUCGAAGAUGCUUACGUUAGUGAAUGACACGGAGACCUACGAAGAGAUUAGGAAUGACCCCACGUCGUCCACACUGAAAAAGAUCAAUGCUAUGUUUGACCAAUGGAGCCAAGAGGAAUGGAUAGAUAAAUGCACAAAACUGAAACUAAAGGUUUAUAAUUGUAACCCGCCACGAGUGUACGGGCUGCCGAAAACGCACAAAGAAGGGAUGCCGUUACGAUUAAUCAACUCUACGAUUGAAACAGCAACAUACAAUGCAGCGAAGUUUUUGUCAUCCAUUCUAAAUGGAAUUGUUGGUAAAACGGAUCACCAUAUAGUGAAUAGCUUUGAAUUUGUCGGCGAUAUUCGACAGCACAUUGUAACCAAUGAGUGUGCGUGGUUUUCGUUGGAUGUUGUUUCACUAUUCACUAAUGUGCCUGUGGAUUACGCAAUAGAAAGUGUACGACUACGAUGGGGCGAAUUGGAGGAGCACACCAAGAUUCCUGAGAGCAGCUUCAUUGCAAUGCUUGAGUUGGUGUUGACAUCAACUUUUUUCAUGCAUCAAGGUCGUUUCUUCAAGCAGAAAUUUGGGUUACCAAUGGGAUCUCCCUUAUCGCCAGUUGUAGCAAACAUAGUGUUGGAGAGGGUUGAGAGAAGUGCGCUGGAACAGUUGCAUCAAGAAGGCAUUGUACCAAUUUUCUUCAGGCGGUACGUUGACGACUGUUUAUCGAGUGUGCGAAGAGAACAAGUGGAGCGCAUGCUGGAGGUGUUUAACAGUUUCCACCCACGACUGCAGUUCACCAUAGAACUUGAGGAGGAUGGUCAAAUACGGUUUUUGGAUACAAUAGUGCGGAGGGAGGAGGACCAUCUCACCACGGAAUGGACUCCGAAGGAUUCAGAAGGCAGAUAUUUAGACUAUAAUUCCUCGAGUCCAUUUAACCAUAAGAAAAAUUCAGCAAUAGCAUUAGUUGAUAGGGUAUUGAAACUAAGUGAAGUAUAUUAUCGUUCAAAUGCUCUGGAAGUUGUGAAACAAAUACUCACUAAUAAUAAUUAUCCAGGUUCAUUAUGCAACAAGAUUAUUAACUAA